AUGCAUUUAUGUCAACGUUCGGGAGCUCUCAGUCGACUGGCCUGUUGCCAUUUUGUUAAACUACUCAACGACACAAACAAGUAAGCAUUUUAUCGCUUAUUAAUCUGUCUAACUAAACGCUCUUCUGCAUCAUAAAAUCGUAACUAUAACUUACUGCAUGUAGUUUAAGUCAUCAAAUAUGUACAUAUUUUAUGGCCCUCCAUUUUCCUCGUUGAACAAAAAUUCACUUACAUCAUGAUAUUUCUGACACCAAAAAACAUCUUCUGCCCAAUAUUUAUUUAAAAAUCUCGAAGGAUCUCAUUAGAUUCGGAGUUAUUUUUUUUUAAAACCAGUAUUACUUCCGUAGUGCGGGUUUCAUGUUUUUUGUGAAUGCAUAAUUGCAUUUCCUAUCUUGCACUUUCCGUCCGUUCCAAAAGAGCAUUUAAUUUCGGCUUUGUGCUCUCUUUUGAGGGAUAAAACGGCAUCGAAUAACUGGACUUGAGAGCUUUAUAAAUUCCGUUUUUAGAUUUUUUCAUUGGUUUAUGUCGUCCUAACUGUUUUAGGGAUAUUUUUGUGGCAAAUGGGUCAAUAGAUUGCGCCAUCUUAAUGAAGCUUCAAAUAAAAUUUGUGUCUUUUGCCGUUUUUUAUAUCCAAGUUUAAGUAAUUCCUAGUCAAGCAAACUGUCAAAGUGCAAACUUACCAUAGCAGUUUAUCCAAAGUAGAGUUGAGCGCCUCUCAUUCGUCAGGAAAAUUGCAGUAGACCCUACAAAAACUUCGCGAGAGAAAAACAAAAUAAUAAAAAUAAACUUUUUUCUCUAACGUUUCCUCCACAUUUUCCAUAAUCUCAAGCCUGUAAAUUUCGUUCAAUACCUCAGCGGAUAAUGCAGAUUAUUAACUAGCGGUUUCAAAAAUAAAAGCCUGGACUGUGCAGACGCUGUAUUCAAAAUACGAAGGGAACUUGCAGAGUCCAACUUGAGGAAACCCACUCUUUAAAUUUUCCUUAACACAAUGUCCUAAUAUUGAGGAUUCAUCUCUUUUACGCCCUAAAAGCUCUCCAAAAUGGACUUGCACAUCUCUUACGUAACAGUCAUACUGUUUUUUGCGCCCCGUACUUUAAUCUUUCCUGAAAUCUGACUAUGAAUCCGACGCCGGCGGAAGAGAAUUAGGAUUGAUUCUGGAGCCAGUAAACGUUUUUUCUGGGCGGGAUUUAUCGCCCUAAGGGCUUGGGACUUCUCACAUUUCAUUCCACUUUCAGAGUUCCCUUCUGCGACUCCGAGUUCAUGAAGAACGACACUACGAGAGUUGAGGUGGGCUCUUUUUUAUUAACAAUAUCCUUAUAGCCAGCCCCCAAUGUGUAUUCGACCCCAGUGUAUUUAAACUUCCCGGCUGAUGUUCCCGAAGAUCAUGCCACCUUCUUUCUGGGGAUCAUUCUCUUGAUAUCUAUCGCUGUUUUCUGCGCAAUUGUCAUCAUGAAAUUGACCAAACCAAAGUGAGUAAAUUUUUAUUUUACAGGGCAAUGUUUUUGAUGACAUAGAAUCAAAGAUUUCAGAGUUGGCUUUGCUCGUCUGCCCUCAGGCUUUAGCUUCAACGGGCCUCUUGAUUAUGAUAUUAUGAUGUGGCUGCCCCGACAUCAGCGUCGGAAUUCGGUUAUGUUGUUUUUGAGGUCGAUGGGAUGUCGGCCGGGCAGUCAGAGGACUCGACAAACAUCGCUGAGUGUGGUCUCGAGCUCUAGGUAGGAUUACAUGAUCAUAAAUAAUUCAUCUUCAAAUUAUGUUUUGCAUCAAGAAAACUGAGCUGAGUUUAUAUUAUCUAUGAGGUUUUAGUAUGGGAUUGUUGCCCAGCUAUCGAUCAGCGACAACUUCGACCACAAUCACCCCAACGAGUGUCCCUCCACCUCCGUAUGACGAGUUGGAGAGCCUCACAACUUCCACUAGAGCCAGUUAUAUAUCUUGUUCUAGCAAUAACAACCUUCCGUCUUCUGGAUAA